AUGGCCGAAAAGGUCGUCGAGGCGCCUGUCCUGGGCGUGGCCGAAGACGGGAAACCGUCCUCGCCUGCGACUCGCGAGGAGGGCCUCGAGAGAUGGAACGGGACGCGUAUCAACUCGUACCGGUUCUUUGUAACUCUUUGGAGCUUCAUCAUCAUGGGUAUGAACGAUGGCGCCAUUGGUAUUGAAGCUUACUACAGCAUCACAUACACCGUCGUGGCCCUACUGUUUCUGUCCCCGUUUGUCGGCUAUCUGAUGGCGGCCCUUUCCAACAACCUCAUCCACCACAAGUUCGGCCAGCGAGGCGUCGCCGUGCUGGGUCCCGUGAGCCGUAUGAUCGGGUACAUCCCCAUGGCCCUUCACCCUGCGUAUCCAGCGCUGCCUGUUGUCCUGUUGUUUGCCGGCUUCGGCAACGGUCUCGAGGACAGCGCCUGGAACGCCUGGAUUGGAAAUAUGCAGAACGCCAACGAGCUGCUCGGGAUCCUGCACGGCGCCUACGGCCUGGGGGCAACCAUCGGCCCGCUCAUCGCCUCGGCGAUGGUGACCAGGGGCCAGAAACUGCCGUGGUACACCUUUUACUACGUCAUGAUCGGCGUGACGACGGUCGACUUCUUCGUUGCCAUCACGGCCUUUUGGAGGGCUACCGGCGAGAUCCACAGGGAGACCCAUCAGUCGUCGACCGGGGAGAAGAGGACGACGACGAGAACGGUGCUGAAGGAACCCAUCACCUGGCUCCUGGCUCUGUUCCUGCUCGGCUAUGUUGGGGCCGAGGUCAGCUUGGGCGGCUGGGUAGUCACCUUUAUGCUCCGCGUGAGGCAUGCGGAGCCUUUCCUGGCCGGUGUCACGGUGGUCUUGUUUUGGCUAGGGCUCACGAUAGGCCGGGUCUUGCUGGGGUUCGUAACGGGACGGAUAGGAGAGAAGCGUGCCAUCGCCAUCUACCUGCUCCUCUCCAUCGCGCUCGAGCUGCUCUACUGGCUGGUUCCCAACUUCAUCGCCUCCGUCAUAUUCGUCACGUUCCUCGGCUUCUUCCUCGGACCCCUGUUUCCUGCUGCAAUCGUCGCCGCGACCAAACUGCUCCCCAACGACUACCACGUCAGCGCGAUCGGCUUUGCCGCCGCCUUUGGCGGGGGCGGCGCUGCCAUUUUCCCGUUCGCCAUUGGGGCCAUUGCGCAGAAAAAGGGCGUCCAGGUGUUGCAGCCCAUCAUCCUGGCCAUCCUGGUCUUCAUCCUCCUGCUGUGGCUUUGCCUUCCCGGAGGUAUGAGGCGGGGCGGGCUUGAGAGGGCGAGAGAAAACAAAGAGGGCCUGGGCAAUGAUACUCGUUGUGGACUGCAGCAGCUCAUCCGCCAGGCGCCGGAUGUAGAACCCCCUCGCGUCCGGGGGCAGCUUGCUGAAGCUGCUUCCGAUACGGGCGAUGUCCUGGCGCCCCUUUUCGUAAGCGGCCAGAUCGCGGUUCCCGUAGACGUCCCUCCCUGCCGAGUAUCCCUUUUCCAGGGUGCGGAAGAAGAUGUUGACGGCGACACUCAAGUCGGACGUAGGGGUGGCGGUGUGGAGCCAGAGGGGCGGGAGGAAAAGAAUGUCACCGGGCUGGACGGCGGCCUCGUGCGGGUGGACGCCUCUCAGAGAGUCCGCGUCGAGCGACGAGAAGACAUCGACGCUGGAACUGGAAGCGCCUGGGGCGAAGGAGAAGUGGGAUACAUCUGA